UUGUUCGGCCUUUGCGGUUAUGGCUGGCUUGUCGAUCAGCUCUGGCAGACCGCCGUAUCGGAUGCCCUGGCGCAGGCUUCUCUCGAGUUCAAUGAAAAGCAUUCGGCGUUUUUGUCCUUGGCUCUCAUCGCUGGUAUCGUGUGCGGAGCAAGCUUCUGGGGGUUGGGAUGUGCGUAUUCCUUUUCUUCUCGCUUGAGAUUGCGGUGUGGUUCUGUGAAAUUACAGCCUGUAGCUGACCUAAUCGGUCGACAUCUCGCCUUCAAUAUGACUCUCAUCAUCGCAGCCGUGUUCGGCCUGGCAUCUGGCGCUUCUCCCAACUUUGCCGGUUUGGGCGUCAUGUUUGCUUUUGUCUGUUUUGGUGUGGGCGGAAACCUCCCUGUUGAUAGCACCGCCUUCUUGGAGUUCUUGUCCGGAACACAUCAAUAUCUCCUCGAAGGCUUGUUGGUGUGGUGGUCCUUUGGUCAAAUCAUCCCGGCAGGCGUCGCUCGGGAAUUUCUGCCUAACUUCUCGUGUUCCUCAGAUACGCCAGCCGGUCAAUGUCACCGCUCUGAAAAUAUGGGAUGGCGUUAUCUGUUAUUUACAAUGGGUACCGUCACACUCGUGGCAUUCUUGGCCCGAUUCCUCUUAUUCCGUCUCCACGAGUCACCAAAGUACCUUGUCGGAAAAGGUAGGUAUCAAGAAGCGGUCGACACACUAAAUGCGGUGGCCAAGUAUAAUGGUACCACGCAGCCCGUCACAGUGGAGGGUUUCCAUCGCAUUGAGACCGAGUUUGGCAACUCCACCAACGGCCGCGAGGAAAUCACGCGCAAGACCUCCCUCCAGCGGAUGAUGGCCAACUUCUGCGUCGAAGGCGGGUGGAAGCAUGUCAAGGCACUUUUCUUAACCAAGAAGCAGGCUCUCCGUAUGACCCUGAUCAUUUUGAUCUCGGGUAUGGUUGGCUUGGGAUCUCCUCUGUACAGCAACUUCCUGCCCGAGUACCUGGCCUUGCACGGCGCGGAGAGUGGAUCGAACAGCAUCAACAUCACGUACCAGAACAACCUCAUCGUCGUAGCUUGUAGUAUUCCUGGUACCAUCCUCGGCGGGUGGCUCAUUACCUUUCCCACUAUUGGUCGCCGCGGAACGCUGGGAAUAUCGUUGAUCCUAAUGGCGGUCUUCCUAUUUGCGUUUACCACCCCGCGGACACCGGGGGCCAUUUUAGCCUUCAACUGCGUCGCGAGUUUUGUGCAGUACAUUAUGUGGGGAGCCCUGUACUGCUACACACCCGAGGUCAUUCCCUGGGUGCAUCGUGGUACCGGCGCAGGACUUGCGUCUGCUUUCAACCUUAUCUGUGGCCUACAGGCUCCGAUCAUCGCGACAUAUGUCGGAUACACCAAUACCCCCAUCUUCGUCUCAGCAUCGAUGUUUGCUGUGGCCGGCCUGCUGUCCUUCUGUUUCCCGUACGAGACCAGAGGAAAGGCCAGUUUGUAG